GUUGUAUAUCUCGUCGUUUUACUUUCAACUUCUUUUAUUCUUUCUUUUCUUCUCCUAUUCUUCUUCGAGUUAAGUUAAACUUUUUUUUGAAUUAGGUCAAAUAUCACAGUUUAAAUCUAACUUUAGUUUCAACAUACCGAAACUUUAUUUCCACGCAACUGGCCAUUACGUACAGGAAUAAUAGUAAAAUAAUGAAUACGAUGUACUCAUAUUGUACGAUAUUCAUUUGCAAGAGCUAUGACAUAUAAUAUUGUGCAGUUCUAAGUGUUCACGGAGCUUACAACAUUAACGUUACCAUUACACUACCUCAGAAGGAAGUAACGUUUGUAAUGCGAAGUUAUGAUGUAAACAUUAGUGACGUCAUGAUUGCGUUUGUUGACUGGAUGGAAAGUAUCUCGGCAAAUACAUUUUUGAAUUGUCGAAAUCUAAUCAACGUAUACGACGAUAAGUUAGAUAACUCUUACUGCUCCACAAGCAUUAUCGUCAUUAUUACCGUCGACAUUUUCUCACCUGCUUGAUAGUCGUAUCGAGUGUAAAGUGAAUGUAAAUAUAGUUACAACAUGUUGAAACUUGUAACUGGAAAACUGGCGUUUGUUACUGGUGCUGGGAGUGGUAUAGGAAGGGAAGUAUGUCGAGUUUUAGCUCGAGAAGGAGCCAAAGUAGUUGCGACUGAUCAAAAUAUUAAGACUGCUCAAGAAACUGUAAACACUUUGGAAGGUGAUGGACAUAUUGCAUUAUAUGUGCAAGUCACUAAUGAGGAAAGUAUUCAGGCUGCAUUUAAAGAUGUUACAAAGCAAUUUUUAAAGCCACCUACUGUCAUUGUUAAUGCAGCUGGCAUUGUGCGAGAUAAUUUCCUGGUGAAGCUCAGUGUUGAUGAUUUUGAUAACGUGAUCAAUGUUAAUUUGAAAGGUACCUUCAUGGUUAUGCAAACUGCUGUCAAAGCAAUGAUAGAAGCAAAUACGACCAAAGAUUCCUCAAUUAUCAAUGUGAGUUCUAUUAUCGGUAAACAGGGAAACAUUGGACAGGCUAAUUAUAGCGCGUCUAAAGCUGGAGUGAUAGGUAUAACCAAGACUGCUUGUAUGGAGUUUGGAAAAUUAGGGGUUCGAGUGAAUGCAGUGUUACCUGGUUUUAUAGAGACUCCGAUGAUCGCAAGUGUACCAGACAAUGUAAAGGCCAUGUUUACAAAGAGAGUGGCUUUGCAAAGAAUAGGAAUGCCACACGAGGUGGCAGAAGUCAUUGCAUUUCUAGCUUCUGACAGAAGUUCUUAUAUGAGUGGUGCAUCUAUUGAAAUUACUGGAGGGAUGAAUUGAAAUAAAUGGAAUCCAUAAAAUUUUGUCAGAUCCCCCAACAUUUUUAUCAGAUUUAUGAAAAAAUGCGAUAUGUUAAAUAUCAAGAUGUUUAUGAUCAGAUACAUAUAUUUUAUUUUUGAAGAGAUAUCCUCUACUUAUGCAGCUAACACAGAAUAUAAUAACUAUUGUAAUUUUUGAAGAGAUAUCCUCUACUUAUGCAGCUAACACAGAAUAUAAUAACUAUUGUAAAACACAGAAGUAACAUUUUAUUUUAUGAAGAACAUUUUCAGGGACCAGUUAUAAAACAUUUCUAAAACAAGUAUGUGCUCUAUUUGGAUUAUAUAAAAAUUUAAUAAUUCAUAUCUCUGUUAUAUAAAAUGUUACCUAUGUGUUAUGUUUAUGUUCUAUAAUUGUAUUCCAUAAAUAGAUAAGACUAGGUCUACAACCUCGCUUUAAUACGUAAGCAAUUGCAGAUUGACUAAUUACGGUUAUUUAUUCAUGUUAGACCAUAAAAAAAAUAAUUGACUGUGGUUGUAAUCAAUUGGCUCACUGCUUACUUCUUAAAACGCGGACUAUUAAUGACUACCCAGCCUAAGGACUACUAGUGUUUUUUUUAACUUGUUAUGUAUGUAUUAUAUCGUACGAUAAAUUUCAUUACAUUACGAUUGUAAUCGUUACAUUGUAACAAUUAACUGUAUUUGCUGCUCCAAACAUAAAGAUUUCACGGUACUUUGUAAAAUUAUACAUAAUUAUAUACAAUUCUUUCAUAUGUGAAAGUUCUGUUUUUAUGGUCAUAUACAUAUUAUCAUAUUUAUUCAAUUAAUCUUUAACACCACAAACAUAAAUAGUUACUUUAAUUGUAUUCGAACAACAGCAUUUUUUUCCGUGUGUGUAUACAUAAUUGUAUACACACACGGUGGUAAUAUAUGAUUAUAUAUAACCGUGUAGAGAAGCAAGAGGAAAUUCA